AUGCCGGAGAUAGUCAGUUAUAGUCAUCCCCGGAAGAUUUUGGGUUAUAUUACUUCAGUCAAGCUUCUCUCUCUAUGUUUUGCAAUAACUUCAAAGGAGGUGUAUCCUGAUGGCAGUGUCUUCCACCGUCUUGUACAUCUUACGCUAUGCACAUGUUGGAAAGAGUGGUUGAAACUACUUAUGUAUCUUCUCAGAAAUUCUCCUACAUUACAAGCUCUCAAACUCAUUCAGCGCCAUACACUUGAAGAUGACCGACAAAGCCCGCGUUGGAAUGAACCGAGCUCAGUCCCUGAAUGUGUUUUAUCGAGUCUUGAAACUCUCCAAUGGGUACGAUAUGAAGGAACAGAAGAAGAGAAAGGAGUGGUGGAAUUCAUCUUGAAAAGUGCAAAUUGUUUAAAGAAGGCAACUAUCUCCUCCAAAGCAACCGACCCCAACAAGAAACUAGAGAUGAUCAAAGAAUUGUCAUCGUCACCUAGGCGCUCACCUACAUGUCAGCUCAUAUUUGACUGA